AUGAAGAAAAUGAGCAACAUCUAUGAAUCAGCAGCCAAUACCCUGGGAAUUUUUAACAGCCCAUGCCUGACUAAAGUGGAGCUGCGAGUUGCAUGCAAAGGCAUAUCAGAUAGGGAUGCCCUCUCAAAACCAGAUCCUUGUGUCAUCCUCAAAAUGCAGUCGCAUGGCCAGUGGUUUGAGGUUGACAGGACAGAAGUGAUUCGAACCUGUAUAAAUCCCAUCUUCUCCAAGCUGUUCACGGUGGACUUCUAUUUUGAAGAGGUGCAGCGGUUGCGGUUUGAAGUCCAUGACAUUAGCAGCAAUCACAAUGGGCUGAAGGAAGCAGAUUUUCUUGGAGGCAUGGAGUGCACUCUUGGACAAAUUGUUUCUCAGAGGAAACUCUCCAAGUCCUUACUCAAACAUGGGAACACAGCAGGAAAGUCAUCCAUAACAGUGAUUGCUGAGGAACUGUCUGGCAAUGAUGACUACGUUGAACUUUCAUUCAGUGCCCGGAAAUUGGAUGACAAGGAUUUCUUCAGCAAAUCUGAUCCUUUUCUGGAGAUUUUCCGGAUGAAUGAUGAUGCAACCCAACAACUUGUUCACAGGACUGAGGUUGUGAUGAAUAACUUAAAUCCAGCCUGGAAGACCUUUAAAGUCUCUGUAAAUUCUCUGUGCAGCGGAGACCAGGACCGCAGGCUAAAGUGCAUAGUUUGGGACUGGGAUUCCAACGGAAAGCAUGACUUCAUUGGAGAAUUUAGCUCAACUUUCAAGGAAAUGCGAGGAGCUAUGGAAGGAAGACAGGUACAGUGGGAAUGCAUUAACCCCAAAUACAAAGCAAAGAAGAAGAAUUACAAGAACUCAGGCAUCGUCAUCCUUAACCAGUGCAAGAUCCACAAGAUGCAUUCUUUCUUAGAUUAUAUCAUGGGAGGCUGCCAAAUACAGUUUACAGUAGCUAUAGAUUUCACUGCAUCAAAUGGUGAUCCUAGGAACAGCUGCUCACUGCACUACAUCCACCCCUAUCAACCCAACGAGUACUUGAAAGCAUUGGUAGCCGUUGGGGAGAUUUGCCAAGACUAUGACAGUGACAAAAUGUUCCCAGCCUUUGGAUUUGGAGCAAGGAUACCCCCAGAAUACAAAGUGUCUCAUGAUUUUGCCAUCAAUUUCAAUGAAGACAACCCAGAAUGUGCAGGAAUACAAGGUGUUGUGGAGGCUUAUCAGAGCUGCCUUCCCAAGCUGCAGCUGUAUGGGCCAACAAACAUUGCUCCCAUCAUCCAGAAGGUGGCAAAAUCGGCAUCAGAGGAAACCAAUACCAAGGAGGCCUCGCAAUAUUUCAUCUUGUUGAUCCUGACGGAUGGCGUCAUCACAGACAUGGCUGACACCAGAGAGGCCAUUGUCCAUGCCUCUCACCUUCCCAUGUCAGUCAUCAUCGUUGGGGUGGGGAACGCCGAUUUUAGUGACAUGCAGAUGCUGGAUGGCGAUGAUGGGAUCCUGAGGUCACCCAAGGGCGAGCCUGUGCUUCGAGACAUUGUCCAGUUUGUGCCAUUUAGGAACUUCAAACACGCAUCCCCAGCUGCUCUAGCAAAAAGCGUUUUGGCUGAAGUUCCAAACCAAGUCGUGGACUAUUACAAUGGCAAAGGGAUAAAACCAAAAUGUAUGUCAGAGUACGAGUCUUCCAGGACACUAGCUCCAUGA